AUGAGUGUCGGUUUUAAUGUUAGACUCUUUGUUGAAUGGCGCAGAUUAUCGAUAUUUUCCGGCAACUCAAGACUUAGUGGCCACGAAAAGGGUCUCCUAUGUUAUACGGCCCUGGUGUUCGUCUCCACCAUGCUGAUGUGCUUGCAGCAAGUCGUGAAGGGAAUAGCUAUUGUCUAUGGCUACACCGAUCUCGAUCUAUGGGUGACUAUGCAAUUCUUCUGGAUAAACGAUGUAAUGAUAAGUGUGCCGCCCGCUUCUCUGCUGAUGCUUUCUACGGAUCUUCGCCGUGAUAUAUUCGAUUUUCUUCGUUGUUCAAGGCAUGGAGUCAACACUGCGGCGUCCGUCACCGUUUUCAACAAGCGAAAAACCGUUCAUGUUGAAUACUGA